UACUAAAAUAAUUUACAACGAAUUUCGGUUUAAUUACUGUUGAUUCGAUUUUUUUUUUUUAACUUUUUUUUAUAAUUAAUUUUUUUUAGAUAUAAUAUUAAUAGAUAGAAAUAUAGUGUUUUUGUAUGCAAUCUGGUGGCGGAGGUAGUGGCCAUGGGCGGAACAUGAUGGCCGGACCACCGUCUGCUGCCGGUUCGCCGUCGUCUUCUUCCUCGCCGGUUUCGCAGCCUCAUUUAGGUUUUGAUCAGCUGAAGCUUCAACAGCAGCAACAGCUGCAAAGGCAGUCCUUGCAACAACAAUUGAUGCGAAACCCUGAAGUGAGAGAAGCUAUAUUAGCCUAUCAAGCUGGAAUACAGCAAGGAGCAUUAGGAGGUGCUUCAGCCUCAAGUCCUGGCACUAUGCAACUUCCGCGAGUCCUGCAGCAUGUUCAAGAGGAAGGACAAAAUAUGAGACCGGGUUUUGAUAAACACAUGAUGAACCCUAUGCAACAAGCGUACAUGCAAUAUGCUCUUCAAUCCCAGCAAGCUCUACCAAAGUCAUCUCAUGGCAUGCAAGCAGAACAGCAAACGAAUUUGGGAGUGAUAGGGAAAGAUCAAGAGUUGCAUAUGGGAAAUGCAAAAUUGCAAGAUAUUCUUUCGUUUCAGGCUGGUAAUCAAGCGCAAAUAUCGAUGUCCAAGAAACCACUUGAACAAUUUGGCCAUGGAGGGAAGCAGAUAGUGGAGGAAAGCCACCAGGCUGUUUCCGAUCAAAGUAAUCAUCAUAGUCAGAUUCAGAAGCAUUUUGCCGUUUCAACAUCGGUUGGUCAAUUGAUGCCAGGGAAUAGUGCAAGACCCAUGCAUAGCACUCCACAAGCCCAGCAGGGUAUUCAUACUAUUGCAAACAACCAGGUGGUGAUGGCUGCCCAGCUGCAGGCAAUCCAGGCUUUGGCUCUUGAACGUAACAUCGAUCUUUCACUUCCUCAAAAUGCUAAUUUGAUGGCACAACUGAUGCCAGGCAUGCAGUCAAGGAUGCUUGGUCCACAAAAAGCCAAUGAAAGUAACAUGGUCCCACAGUCAAAGCAGCAGGUGACUUCUCCACAACUUGCAAGUGAAAGUUCGCCUCGUAGUGAUGUGUCUGCCCAUUCAGGCUCUACCAAAGGAAGGCAGACAAUCUCACCUGGACAUCUAGGGUCAAUCUCAAAUACCAUGAUAGUCAAUCCUAGUUCUAGCCAAGGUCACCAGUUUCUCAAUCAUGGGCGUGAGACCCAGUUGCCACCUAGGCAACCCACUGGGAAUAAUGGGGGGAUGUCUACUAUGCCUCCACCACAGUCACCUGCUACCAUGAGCCCGGGUGCAGAUUAUUUUAGCAAAAACAUGCUAAAUGGUUCAGAGUCACUGCAAGUACCACAUUCUAGGCAGCAGAUGAACAUGUCUUCUCCACGGUCUGCAGCUUCAUCAAAUGAUGGUGGACUGGAAAACCCUUUAUCUUCUCAAAAAGGAAAAGCAAUACCAGGCUUUACAAAACAGCAACAACAUGUUCUUAAAGCACAAAUUCUGGCUUUUAGGCGUAUAAAGAAAGGAGAUAAAACUCUACCUCGUGAAUUACUUCAAGCUAUUGCCCCACCUCCCCUUGAAGUUCUGUCACAGCAGAUCACUACCCCUGCUGGUAGAAGUCCUGUGGAGUCAAACAAGGAUCUUCAAGCUGUGGGAUUGUCUACUGGGAUGAAUAUUUUGAAAAGAGAUGUGUAUGAUGAGAAAACAUCUGAAAGCUCACCAGCUAAUGCCCAAGGUACAACUAUAGUAAACGAGACUCCAUCAGUCUCUCUCCCUGCAAAAGAAGAGCAGAGAAAUAUUGGAUUCUCUACUAAACAGGAAGUAGAGGUGGUUACAGAAAAGGGUAAAACAGUUGCACCAGGACCUGCUGUUGUAUCUGAGACUGUUCAAGGUAGAAUGACUGCACAAUCAGGAAGUUCAACUCACUCAAAAGAUCCAGUCCCUUCUAGAAAGUACCACGGUCCACUGUUUGACUUUCCCUUCUUCACUCGGAAACAUGAUGCUUUUGGAUCAAGCAUGAUGCUCAACAACAAUAACAAUCUAACACUAGCAUAUGAUGUGAAGGAUCUCCUUGUUGAGGAACGAGUUGAAGUGAUUAAUCAAAAGAGAAACAAGAGGUUAAAACAGAUUGGUGGUCUACUGGCUGUGAAUUUGGACAGAAAAAGAAUAAGGCCAGAUCUUGUUUUGAGGUUGCAAAUUGAAGAAAAGAAACUCCGACUACGAGAUGUACAGAGACGUGUGAGGGAAGAAGUCGAUCAGCAGCAACAGGAUAUAAUGGCCAUGCCUGACAGACCAUAUAGGAAAUUUGUUAGACUGUGUGAGCGCCAACGCAUGGAUCUCAAUAGACAAGUUCGGGCUGCACGGAGAGCCCUUAGAGAGAAACAACUGAAAUCAGUUUUCCAGUGGCGUAAGAAGCUUUUAGAAACUCAUUGGGAUCUCCGUGAUGCACGGACUUCCCGUAACAGAGGUGUUGCUAAAUAUCACGAGAAGAUACUAAGGGAGUUCUCAAAGCAAAAAGAUGAUAGGAGUAAAAGAAUGGAGGCUUUGAAAAAUAAUGAUGUGGAGAGGUAUAGAGAGAUUCUUAUGGAGCAACAAAAUAGCUUACCAAGUGAGGCUGCCGAGAGGUACGAGGUUCUCACCUCAUUUUUAUCUCAAACAGAGGAAUAUCUCUCCAGACUUGGAGGCAAAAUAACAGCUUCCAAGAACCAGCAGGAGGUUGAGGACGCAGCAAAUGCUGCAUACGCAGCUGCGAGAGCUCAGGGUCUUUCUGAGGAAGAAGCGAGAGCUGCAGCAUCUUGUGCUCGGGAAGAAGUUCUAAUAAGAAAUCGUUUCUCCGAAAUGAACGCACCCAAGGACAGUUCAUCGGUCAGCAAAUAUUAUACUCUUGCACACGCGGUCAGUGAAAGGGUCAUACGGCAACCGUCAAUGCUACGGAAAGGAACUUUGCGGGAUUAUCAGCUUGUUGGAUUGCAAUGGAUGCUUUCGUUGUAUAACAAUAAGUUGAACGGUAUAUUAGCUGAUGAAAUGGGUCUUGGGAAAACUGUCCAGGUUAUGGCUUUGAUUGCUUAUCUGAUGGAGUUCAAAAGCAAUUAUGGUCCACAUCUUAUAAUUGUGCCAAAUGCUGUUCUAGUUAACUGGAAGAGUGAGUUACGUAGUUGGUUGCCGGGCGCGUCUUGUAUUUACUAUGUUGGUAAUAAAGAUCAACGGGCAAAAUUGUUUUCUCAAGAUGUUUGCAAUAUGAAAUUCAAUAUCCUUGUGACAACCUACGAGUUUAUCAUGUUUGAUAAAUCAAAACUCUCGAGAGUUGAUUGGAAGUAUAUAGUUAUUGAUGAAGCACAAAGAAUGAAGGACAGAGAGUCGGUUUUAGCUCGUGUUCUUGACAAAUAUCGCUGUCAGAGACGCCUUCUUCUCACGGGCACCCCGUUACAGAAUGAUCUGAAAGAGCUCUGGUCAUUAUUGAAUCUAUUACUUCCUGAAGUGUUUGACAAUCGUAGAGUAUUUCAUGACUGGUUUUCACAGCCCUUUCAAAAAGAAGUCUCACACAAUGCUGAUGAAGAUGAUUGGCUAGAAACAGAGAAAAAAGUUAUCAUCAUACACAGACUUCAUCAGAUCUUGGAGCCUUUCAUGCUUAGACGCCGUGUUGAAGAUGUGGAAGGUUCACUUCCUCCAAAGAUCUCGAUCAUUUUAAGAUGUAAAAUGUCAGCCAUCCAAGGUGCAGUGUAUGACUGGAUAAAAUACACUGGCACAAUUCGAGUUGACCCAGAAGAUGAAACGCGCAAGAUUCAAAAGAGUUCAUUGUACCAAGCCAGGGCAUUUAAGCCAGUGACCAAUAAAUCAAUGGAGCUCAGGAAAACUUGCAACCACCCUUUGCUCAACUACCCGUAUUUCAAUGAUCCAUCCAAAGACUUUCUUGUUAAAUCAUGUGGAAAAUUGUGGGUUCUAGAUAGAAUCCUAAUAAAACUUCAAAGAACUGGCCAUCGAGUACUUCUGUUUAGCACAAUGACUAAGCUUUUAGAUAUUUUGGAGGAAUAUAUGCAGUGGCGUCGACUUGUCUACAGAAGAAUUGAUGGUACAACCAGCUUGGAGGACCGUGAGUCAGCUAUCACCGACUUCAAUAGCCUUGAUACAGAUUGUUUUAUAUUUUUGCUCAGUAUUCGUGCAGCUGGGCGAGGUUUAAACCUUCAAACAGCGGACACUGUUAUCAUAUACGAUCCCGAUCCAAACCCUAAAAAUGAGGAGCAAGCAGUAGCUAGAGCACAUCGUAUCGGUCAAACACGAGAAGUCAAAGUCAUUUACAUGGAAGCUGUGGUUGACAAGGUUUCAAGUCAUGAAAAAGAGGAUAAUUUUAGGAAUGGUUGUAGUGUUGACUCAGACGAUGACCUGGCCGGUAAGGAUCGAUACAUAGGAUCUGUUGAGAGUCUCAUAAGAAACAAUAUUCAACAGUAUAAGAUUGAUAUGGCUGAUGAAGUCAUCAAUGCUGGAAGGUUUGACCAGAGAACAACACACGAAGAAAGACGAUCAACUUUGGAGUCAUUGUUACGAGAUGAAGAUAGAUAUCAAGAAACUGUUCAUGAUGUCCCUUCACUUCAAGAAGUUAACCGAAUGAUUGCUAGAAGUGAAGAAGAAGUGGAGAUUUUUGACCAGAUGGAUGAAGAAUUUGAUUGGGCAGAUGAAAUGACACGGCAUGAUCAAGUUCCUGAGUGGCUUCGGGCUAGUACUCAAGAAGUGAAUGCUACUAUUGCUAGAAUGUCAAAGAAGCCCUCGGAUAAUAUUCUUUUUACAGAUAAUAUCGGUGUGGAAUCAAGUGAAAUGGGUUCUGAUGUUACUGAUAAAAGAAGGGGACGGUUCAAAGGGAAGAAGUUUCCAAAUUAUGUUGAACUGGAUGAUGACAUAGAAGAGUUCUUUGAAGCCACCUCUGAAGAGAAUGCAAAGGUCGCGGAAGAAGUUUCCGGGGACGAUGAAACUGUUGGUCUUAUUGAAACACCUGCAGUAGAUAAAUUCCAAUCAGAAGUUGAUGUUCCUGCUUCUGUUAAUAGGUACGAGUAUCAUCGUGAGCCAUCUGGUUCUACUAGACAUAAUCAAAUGCUUCAAGAAGCAGCUUCUUCAGGAUCAUCUUCAGGCAGCCGACGAUUAAUGCCGAUAGCGGUUCCUUCAAAUUCCUCCCAAAAAUUUGGGUCACUUUCUGCAUUAGAUGGGCGGCGUGGUUCUCGCUCGAAAAGGCUGCAUGAUGAUCUAGAAGAAGGGGAGAUUGCCAUGUCUGGAGGUUCACCUUUGGAUCUUCAACAAUCUGGUAGUUUGAACCAGGACCGUGAUGAAGCUGAAGAUGAACAAGUUUUGCAACCGAAAAUAAAACGCAAACGUAGUAUUCGAGUUCGGCCAAAGCAUGCUGCAGAGAGGCUGCAUGACAAGUCUGGUGAUCGGCCUUCUCUUCUCCAUGGCGAGUCCUCUAAGCUACCAAUUCAAGCUGACCAUAGACCACAUGCCAAGACUCGGCCUGAGCGGAAGUUGGUUCAAGAGAACAACUCUUAUAAGCAUGAGCAGAUCAGCCAUUCGUUGAAGGCUAAAGUGACCCCUCCCACCCAGAAAUUUGCAGGGAAACCAACCAGAGCAAAUCCUAUAUCUGCUCCUUCAGAAAAACACUCCAAAGGCUCAGAUAAAGUGAAGAAUGGAAGUGGGUCACUUGGUGGAACUACAGUUAACGAGUAUAUCCAAAGAAGGUGUAAACAUGUAAUCAACAAGAUUCAGCGUAGAAUAGACAUUGAGGGCCAACAAAUUAUUCCUUUGCUAAGUGAUUUGUGGAAGAGAACAGGAAGUCCAGGGAGCAGUGGUGGGAAUAAUCUUCUUGACCUAAGGAAGAUCGAGGCACGUGUUGAGCGGGUGGAGUGCAAGGGAAUUGCGGAUUUGAUAACUGAUGUGCAGGCUAUGUUAAAAGGGGGAAUGCAAUACUUUGGAUUUUCGCAUGAGGUGAGAUCUGAAGCAAGGAAGGUGCAUGAUUUGUUUUUUGACGUGAUGAAGAUGGGCUUUCCUGACAAAGACUUCCGAGAAGCCAGGAGUGCACUCACUUUUUCUCGCUCCUUGGCUUUUUCAUCGCCUAGAGGAUCACUACCGGUUGGUCAGACCAAACGAGCAAAACAGAUUAUUGACCCGGAGCCUGAACCAAGUACUCCUUCAAGACUGAUUUCUCGUGGGUCCGUCCCUGCUAGAGAAACACGCUUUGGAAACAGCAGCACCAAGGGUAGUGGAGCCCAUGCUCCGGAAGAAUCUAAACCGUUCGCCCAUCCAGGUGAGCUUGUCAUCUGCAAGAAGAAGAGAAAGGACAGAGAAAAGUCUGGGGUGGUGAGACCUGGGAGCACGGCAGCUGGUCCCGUUUCGCCUAUUGGUAGAGUAAAUAAGAGCCCGGGUCAAACAAGAUCGAGUCAGAGUCAAAGUGUUGGUCCGCAGGGAAAUGGGGGUGGAGCUAGCAUCGGUUGGGCGAACCCCGUCAAGAGAAUGAGGACAGAUGCAGGUAAAAGGCGGCCUAGUCAACUAUGACAGUUUGUAGGUUAGCAUAUAGAUUUGUGCCUGAAGUACUAUUAUUGAAAGCUUAGGUUAUAUCUCUUUGACGCUUAAUGUGGAUAGCAAAACUAUUUGUUUUGCCCUUGGAUAGAAUUUCAUUAUUAAUGAAAAUUGAAAAUUGUAACCA